AUGAAAUUCCGCGGGUUUAAACCUUUUCUCCGAGUCGCCUCUUCGUUUGGGAGGAAAAAUUUCAGCACGAAGAGAGCAGCGCCAGCAGGGCCCCGCAUCCUCGUUCCUGGCAACUGUCGGGAACUCCCGGAACCGAAAGCCACGAUAAACUGCAGAGUCGCGCUUAUCAUCGGUGGGUCCAACAAUGGCUUUGGCUACUCGGCGGCUGAGCAGCUGCUGUCACGUGGCGCCAGAAAGGUCAUUUUAGCCGACGCGGACGAGGCUGCGGGUGCCUUCGCGGCUGAGAGGCUUUGCAAGGCGUACGGCAAAGACCGAGCCAGAUUUUACUCCUGCGAUCCCAGGAAUUCCUGCCAUGUCGAAGGCAUAUUCAAGUCGUCCAUCUGCCGAGACGAAAACGUCACCAUAUUAUUCAACGAUCUCGACGCCAUUAACCGUCAAACCGAUCCUCCGCUAAAUUACUGCCCCGACGAGAAGAAGCAGAGCAACGUGCACCGUUUGACGCGCUUAGGCUUGGAGCACCUGUUGGCCAAGGAGGGUAGCAUCAAAAGGAGCACCGGCCUGAUUAUCAACUGCGCAUCGAUCCUCGGCUUCUUACGAUGGCCCCGAUCCCCCAAGCCCGUCUACUGCCACUCCGAGCCCAGCAUUGAGACCACCGUCGAGCUUGCGAAGGAGUUUCCAGCCGAACGGACGGGACUGCGGCUGGUGGCCCUGUGCCCCGCUGGCCGGACCUACGACUCGAUCGGCCUCCCCGACGACACCACCGAGGAGUCGACCCACUGCCCGCCAGAUCCGAAAAAGGACCGGGGCAGGAUGGGCAGGGUUCUGGCCCACGUGAUGGCCCACGCGGAGAGCGGGAGCACGUGGCUGAUCGAGGCGCCCUGGACACUCCACGAGGUUCCAAGGCUCGUGCAACUUCUUCCUGCUGGCGGCCCCGACCAACGGGACGAGCUUCGCAAGCAGGAGGCCACGUGUCCCGUCAACUUUGAUACGAGCGGGGUCGAUUCGCCGCCUGGGUCUUCGCCGCCGGUAUCGUGUCCCGGUGUGCCCCUUAAGGGCGCGACUUGUACGUGA